CUCGAGAUAAUCAAGGUAGAUUGAUCGCAUGCGUGUGCUGUGCUUGAUCGCGCAGCGUACGAAGACCAUCCGAAUAUUUUUUCCAGAUCCCCGCCUACUCAUUAACACUAUUGCGACUGCCAGGUGCAGUAAGUAGUAGUAGUGAUUGCUACCCCUCCGCCAUGGCCCCCGCCAACGACGUCGUUUUCCAGCGGCGGAACAAGCAGAUUCAAGAUGCCAUUGAUGGUCAGAACUUGAAGCAGGCGCUGCAGCUGAUCGAGAAGCGUAUGAAGAAAGGAGAAGAUUCGAGGUUUCUGAAAGCAUGGAAAGCUCACAUUCUCUUCAAACAUACCGACGAAGCUCACCGUCAGCGCGGGAUCGUCGAGACGUUGGAUCUAUGCAAGACCGACCCGCCAACCACGGACCUCGACACGCUCGAUAUCCUAUACCAGACCCUAGAGAAUCUAAGUGGCCAUGAAGAGACAAUGAGAAGCUUAUGGGAGAAGGCAUCCAAGGCAAAACCGCAGGAUCUGGAGCUGCAGACGAGAUGGUUCACGUACGCGUUUGAAGCCGAGGACUGGAAAUCCGCACAAAAGGCUGCCAUGAGCCUCCAGAUCAAUUUCCCUAAGACGAGGAAGUACUACUUCUGGGCUAUUUUCUUGAGCUAUCUCGUCUCCACUGAUGCGAAAAGCUCCGAGGCGGACAAGAAACUCUUUGGGAUGUUGGCUUAUAGGAUGGUCUCCAAAGCUGCUGAUACGGUGCCUUCUGAUCCGAAAGAGCUGUUGAGCCAUCCCAAGGCAAUUCAGAAUGCAGAGGAGCUUCUUUUGCUUAUCAAGAUCUUUGAUUCGCAAGGCCACCCUGCCGAGAUCGUGAAGAUCCUGGACACUGCGAAUCUCGGUCUCAACUCAAAAAUUGUCCAAAAUGACUGGAAUUUCAUUCGAGAAAAGGUGCUCGGACUAGAGAAAGCAAAGAUGUGGUCAGAUGGAUUGUCUUACGCAAAGAGCCUGCUUCCGAUCCCCACGAACGAGGCGGACAGAAAGGCGCUUCAGGAGCAUGACGACUGGACAGUGUGGAGCUUGAUGGUCUCUGCCGUACGAGAGAUCAAUACGCCUGAGACCACCGCAGAGACUCAGCGGUACAUUGAAGACUUCAUUAAGGCUGAGCAAAAAUCUCGAAAUGCGCAACUGGCUCGGAUAGACCUUAUCCAUUGGAGAGUGCAGUCGGGUAGUCUUGCGGUCACGGACUUGUUGUCGGCCAGUCAGGAGUAUUUCAAAUCUAACAAGCGGAAGCUUUACUGCUUCAUGGAUCUCCAGAAAUACCUGUCAGCUCUGGACCAGCCCUCUGUGUCCAAGUUUGUGGAACACAUAUUUCAAAAUCUGGGUGAUGAAACCCCUAGCACCGAUAAAAACGAUCCAUUUAAAGGCGUUGCAACGAUAAAUGCUCUCAAGCUCGAGUAUUGCUUCCAGAUUUCGUCUCAUAGUGGUGAUUUAUCAAAGGAGAAAGCUGAAGAUUUCAUCGCUCGUUGUCUCAAAGCCUAUAAGGACAUGGUACGCUCUGAUAAAAGCUCGGAGCCAUCCACGAUCGAAAGUCGACCAAGUGACGAUCUCUUCGUACUUGCAGCCAUGUGCCUCAUUCGCUUCGGUCAAGGCCAGGUCGAUGGCCCCCAGGACCUCAUCCCAAACACGGUUUUGAUCCGUGCUGCUGGGAUCCUUGAGCGAUUGAUUGUUGACUCGCCACAUAACUACCAGGCAUUGCUUUUUCUGGUCCGGAUCUACCUCCGCCUUGGUGCUGGAUCACUUGCCCUGAAGACAUUCAGCAAGUUAUCUGUGAAACAGAUACAGUACGAAACUGUUGCACACAAUCUCUUCACCCGGUUGGCAUCUAUUCAUCCGCACUCCGCCCCACCGAUCGAAGGGGCAGAAUACAAGGACUUUAACCCCCAGUCAGCCUUUGUCCAGGCCCUCAACUUCUACCGGAAUGCCAAUAUCACCACGGGCAGGCACCGGACUAACGGAUUAGACUAUGGGAGCUAUGUAAAUGUUGAAGGUAGCAUCGAACUACAGAGACGCCUGAAUCAGAGUAUCUGUCGGAAAAUCUAUGCCUUUGAAGCAAGACGUACGCAGAGACUGACUGGCGGGGAUCCCAUGAGCCGCUAUGAUGAACUGGCAAAGGAAGACACCCCUCUGGUUGACCAACGACAGUUUGAUGCUUUCAUGAACUGUGAAGUCCCCAACACAACGACAUUCGAGGAGCUGAUGCGUUUGGGGCCACUGCCUCGAGACCAAUGGAUCAAGUCCGCCAGGAUCACUGAUAGUCUUUUCGAUAUUCUCAGGUGUCUAGCUUUACAAAAGCCAACCACUCAGGAGCUUGCACCCCCUAGUCUAGAACAUCUACUAGGAUCAGACGCACAGAGCGAGAUGACCUCGACUGAGAUCGAAAAUGUCAAGAUCCAUCUGCAGCUUCUAAAGGUAGCGACAUUUAUGGCCGGCAGUAAAGCCGUAGCGUCUGCGGAUGUCGACUGCUGUCUCGCCGAGACAGAGAAAUGGCUCAACUCCACACUCGGUUACGUAUCCUCCAACGACGGCAAGCCCUCUACACUCACAUCGAAAACCGGCAUCUUACUGCGCUCGGGGACGCCAUCCGCUCCUUCAUGGACUUAUUUCCAUGAAGCUUUCUCUAUCCUCGAGACCCUCAUGGCCAUCUCUUCUUUAGCGUCUAUUUCGAACAAGAAGGCCGUCAAGUCAGUAAAACUGCCCAAAGAUAAAGUGGAAAUCCUCCUUUCUUUGGCCCGCGACAUUCACGAAAAGAUCAGAGCCGACGCCCGAGCCUUGAAGUCCCGCAUCUCUGAAUCAGGCAUGCUAAGCACCCUGGUCGAGCUAAUCCAAACCGGCAACGACGAGCACCAAGAGGAACAGCUACAGGCAGAGCUGGCAGACGCCCUCGACACGUCGGACCUGGAGAUAUUCUGCGGCACCUUGAUGGAGAGUUGGGAGGAGGGACUCGAUGGAGUGCUAGCAGUUACAUUAUGAGUUGGGUCCGUUUCAUGAGCAUGACUAGCAACUAUUUGGGAAGAACGUUAUACAUCGAAUCUGGAGAC